GUUUGAUACUAUUAAAUGUAAUAUUGAAAUGCUGAGCUGUAGAAAAUAAAUGAUAUGGAAUUAAAUGUCUGGAACAGAGUUUUGUGAGCUCCAUGAAGCGGAGUACAUGGAGGUCCUCCUCCAUGUCUCGGUUCGUUGGCUAAGCCUUGAACGCUGUGUGACCAGGAUCCUGAGGCUUUAUGAACCUCUGGCCAGCUACUUCAAAUCUGCUGAUGAAAACCAGGCCAGGUUCAAGAGGCUUGUGCAGACGUUCACUGACCCCAUGACAGAAGUGUACCUGCUGUUCUUUCAAUCCACCGUUCCAACUUUCACUACUUUCAACUUGCUUCUUCAAAGAGAGCGGUCAUCAAUAUUUAUGUUGUAUGAUGAGAUGGAGAAAUUUGUACGCAAGCUUUGUUCAAAGUUCAUUGUUCCAGCAGCUCUGCAGGGCCUUGAGGAGCCUGGUGACAUUGCCUUUGGGGAGACGGCAAACCAUUUGCCAGGAAGAAAGUUGAACAUUGGGUUCACAACCAGGGCUAAACUCAACAGGCUACUUGACGAGGGUGACAUCACACCACAGCAGGUGGAUUCAUUCCAUGAAGCUGUGGUAUGUUUCCUGACAAGUGCUGUGGCCUAUGCACUAAAGAAGCUGCCACUGAAAGAGCCACUGCUCAAACAUUCAAAAUUUGUAGACGUACGGCAGAGGGCUGAAAGUGACAUCGGAGCUGUCCUGUACUUUGUUGAAAGGUUUCCCCAUCUCCUCCCAUACCAUGGUCCAGAGGAGCAUGACCUUCUGGGUGAGGAGUUUCUAAGUUAUCAGACCAUGCCAAUGAUAUCCCUGCAGGAUGAAACUGAAAUGGAAAGCUUCUGGGCUGAAAUGGCAACCCGGAAACAUAAGGCAAAACAUUUAUUUUUUUGUGUUUCCAUUUGGCAGCUGUGGCUUGGCUGUUUUGCUUGUCGCAUGUAUAUAUUGUCAUGCAUUUUCCAAAUUUUGCAUAUUUUUAUCUGAACUGUGUUAAUGGAUCAACCUACAGUAUACUUACAGUUUUAAUCAGUAAAAAAAUCAAGGUAUGUUUUUCCAUUGUGUUCUUGAUGCAUUUUCCAUAGGUGACAGGAGCCAACGAAUUUCAGAGGCUUGCUGCCGUUGCCAAGCUGGUCCUGGUGUUGCCCCAUUCCAACGCAGACGCUGAGUGGGUGUUUUCAGUUGUGGGACUGAACAAAACAAAGACCAGAAACAGCCUAGCACUGGAUGGCACCCUGUCCUCAAUAAUGACCAUAAAGAUGGCCGACCUGGAGCCCUGUUUCAAAUGGGAGCCCCCCUCAGAUGUCCUCAAGGCCUCCAAGAAGGCCACAGGCCAGUAUAACCGUGCCCACAGAUCAUAGACGAGGACUAACUUCUGAUCUGCAUCUGAUACGGAUGACUUCAUUUUUUGUUAUUUUUGUAAUGCAUUCAUCUUUUAUUGCUUGAAAAAGUUGUACUGUUUAAGCACUGUUUCUAAUGGACCAUGUGGUGGGAGGCUUUGAAUGAAGAAUCAUUUAUCUCCCUAACUAAUCUUGUCGUUUUUGGCUGAACAUAAAUCAAUAAGUGCUCUUAAGAAUACAAUUAUUCACAACAUAGGUUAGGUUUCAGUUCAGAAUUUGUUUAAUACCAUUGUUGUGGUCAAAAUAUCAAUCAACCUACCUAGGUCAAAUUACUGGUCUAUGAAUAAGGCUAUAUUGUGACACAUAGGCAGUCAUUUAGGCACAACAAUAGUUUUCUGGUUUAAUGUCCAACUCCAGACUAGGCCCUACAAGUCCUGAUGCCAAACAUGAAUCAGAAUAAGUUCAGGUAUUGCACAUCUUUAGCAGACCACCCAAAAAUCCACUAUAAUGAAAGAAAUCACAUCUACUUGAUCCAAAAUUUCCUUGGGAUGGACCUUCAGCUAUGUCUUUGCUUCACAUAAUGUAACCAGUAUUGCCCAUCUCCAGUGAGCCGCCCCUAUCAAUGGCUUGGGGCCUACCCACAAACCACCAAAAUGCAGGGUACAACAUGGGUUCAACAUCCAAUUAUAUAAAAUUCCCUCAAAUCUGAGCCUGCGUUGUCAGGGGUACCCCCGACAAAAUCUC